AUGCGUUUCGCCAUUCUCUUGGCCCUGGUUGGGCUCGCCGCUGCCGCCGUUCAUCAGCAUCAACUCAUGUGGCGAAAAUCGAGGAAGAUCGAAAUGAUCGAACGAGGCGAGUAUGCCGCUUACGUCGAGUACCGUAACUCUCUCCGUGCCGCCAAUCUGGCCAGCCUUGGACAAUCGGUAUCUGACUCUACGGAGACUACGAGUACGUCGGUAACAUCACAAUCGGCACACCCAGCCAGCAGUUUGUCGUUGUACUCGACACCGGCUCAGCCAACCUCUGGAUACCGGAAACCGCUUGCGAUUGGUGGAGCCGGAUCCCUUUACAACCUUCACUGUACAUCUUGCAACAAGAAGCAUAAGUUCGUGUCUACGUCUUCGUCCACAUUCGUGAAGAGCACAAAGACCUGGACGAUCCAGUAUGGUUCUGGAGAUGCCAAGGGAGUGCUAGGAACUGAUACCGUUAAGUUCGGUGGAGCUAAGGAACAGCAGCUGUCUGUGCCAAAAACCACCUUCGGACUGGCUACACACAUCUCGGCAGACUUCAAGAAUGACCCAACUGACGGUAUCCUUGGACUUGCCUUCACAUCUCUUGCCGUCGACAAGGUUGUACCUCCGCUUAUCAACGCUAUCGACCAGAAGCUGCUCGACCAGCCACUGUUCACCGUAUGGAUGGAGCACCGUGGAAAUCUCAAUGGAGCUCCAGGAGGAAUCUUCACUUACGGCGCUAUCGACACCAAGAACUGCGGACCAAUCACCGCCUAUCAGCCACUCUCCUCCGCCACUUAUUAUCAGUUCAAGAUGGCUGCCGUCGGUUUGGGAGCAUAUAAGAACACCAAGGCCUACGAAGUGAUCUCUGACACCGGCACCUCCUUCAUCGGUGGACCAAAGGCAGUCACUGAUGCUUUGGCUGCGGCUGCUGGAGCUAAGUACAGCGCUGCUGAGACCUACACGAUUGCCUGUAACGCUAAGCCAGCCACACUUGACGUGACCAAUUCGCGAACAAAGUCUUACCUAUUGAGCCCGCUCAACAUAUAUUUCGUCAGCGCUAUGAGGCUGGAAACCAACCAAAUGUCUUUCGCGUAUCUUCCCGUAUCGAAUUCGGGCCGGGUCGUUCGGCGUCCAUCUGCAUUCUUGUGCUGA